AUGUGGCUACUGCUCAACGGGCGCCAGUUCAUCCAAGCUCGCCCUCAACUUACACGACACUUCUCAUUGUCUGGAAGCCCUUCAUAUAUCAUGUCGAAGAAGCGAACUCUGGACUCCUUCUUCGCGCCAUCUGUGAAGAAGCCGCGUAAGGAAGAUGAGUCAAGCGAAACCGUCGGCCAGUCCACUCACGCCAAUUAUCCCAUACCUAUCUCAGAGCUUCCCACAAGCAUCAGUAAAGAGCUCUCGUCACUCCCUGCCCGUCCAGGCAAAGACAUGAAUGACCAACCAGACCUCGACCUGGUGUACUUUGAGCCUUACAUUCCGUCGUACAUGGCUAAAGAUCUCUUUGAGUUUCUUCGGUCCGAAUUGCCAUUCUAUCGAGUGGAGUAUGAUAUUAAGAGAGGCGGCUUCCAAACUCACAUUCGCACGCCACGGUACACCACAGUAUUUGGCUUGGACGACACAUCCCGAUUCGACGACGAUGGCUCCGUCAUAGACAGGAAGUCCGGCUUCAAAGUCGUUGACAAACUGUACCAGAGAUACCCACCGCGGCCAAUCCCCAAAUGUCUAGAUGACCUCCGUCGCUCAGCCGAGACGGCCACAGACUGCAAGUUCAACUUCUGUCUCGUCAACUAUUAUGCUUCAGGCACGGAUAGCAUCUCCUUCCACAGCGACGAUGAGAGGUUUCUUGGUCCGGAUCCAGCCAUCGCCUCCUUCUCCCUCGGCGCGAGGAGGGAUUUCCUCAUGAAGCACAAGCCGAUACCCCCAGACAAUGAGCAUCCGGAUAGACCGCAGCCCAAACAAAUCAAGUUGCCAUUAGCCAGCGGUGACAUGAUCCUCAUGCGCGGACGCACUCAGUCGAAUUGGCUUCACUCGAUACCCAAGCGAACGGGCAAGAAUGCGGAGGAUGGCGGGAGAAUCAACAUCACAUUCAGGCGAGCGAUGGUCAAGGAAGGAACUGAUAAUUACUACAACUACAAUGUCGGAACCGGACCUGUCUAUCGGUGGGACAAAACGAUGCGGGAAAUGCGGGUAUCUUCCGCCAAAGACCAGCUCAAGGGAACGUCAUGA